CCCAAAACCCCAUUUUCUUGCCCUCUUAUCUAUAAAUGACUUCUUCUUCUUCUUCUUCUUCAUCAUCACUCUCACUACUCACUCAAAUCCCUCUCCCGUCAAUACCAGACAGCCACGUCACUCACCGGAGCAUCACUUUCCGACCAACCAUCGUUUUCCCCACCAAGAAAUGGCGGUGUUCAGUAUCCCCCGGUCAACCACCACCACCCAACCAUCGGAAAUCCAAGAACCCAGAAUCCGGAAUUGACCCAGUUGGAUUUUUGUCAAAAUUUGGAAUUUCACACAAGGGUUUUGCUCUUUACCUCCGUGAAAGAUAUAAGUCUCUCAAAGACCUAAAAGAUGAGAUCUUAAAGCGCCACAUUGAUUUUAGAGACAUGGCUUCUGGAUUCGAGCUGUUAGGAAUGCAUCGCCACGUGCAACAUCGAGUGGAUUUCAUGGAAUGGGCACCAGGUGCGCGUUACUGUGCAAUUGUUGGAGAUUUUAACGACUGGUCUCCUACUGAAAAUUCUGCACGUGAGGGUCAUUUUGGGCAUGAUGAUUAUGGCUAUUGGUUCGUAAUUCUUGAAGACAAAUUAAGAGAAGGAGAAGAACCGGAUGAACUCUACUUUCAGCAGUACAACUAUAUUGAUGAUUACGAUAAAGGUGAUACCGGAGUGACCGCUGAAGAAGUUUUCAAGAAAGCAAAUGAUGAGUACUGGGAACCUGGAGAAGACCGCUUUAUAAAAUCCAACCGUUUUGAAAUCAUUGCUAAGUUAUAUGAGCAAAUUUUUGGUCCGAAUGGGCCGCAAACGGAAGAGGAAUUAGAAGAUAUACCCGAUGCCCAGACACAAUAUAAAAGGUGGAAGGAAGAACAUAAAGAUGAUCCUCCUAGUAAUUUACCAUCUUAUGAUGUGAUCGAUAGUGGAAAAGAGUAUGACAUUUUUAAGGUUAUUGAUGAUCCUGUUUCACGAGCUAAAUUCCAGGCUAAAAAGCCCCCGAUUGCGUAUUGGUUUGAGACUCGUAAAGGAAGGAAAGCUUGGCUCAAAAAGUAUGUACCUGCUAUUCCUCAUGGAAGCAAGUAUAGAGUGUAUCUUAACACCCCCAAUGGUCCUUUAGAACGGAUUCCGGCUUGGGCUACUUAUGUGAAUCCAGAGGCUGAUGGAAACCAAGGAUAUGCAAUCCACUGGGAACCGCCUCCAGAGUCUACAUAUACAUGGAAACAUAAGAAACCAAAAGUUCCCAAAUCUUUGCGUAUCUAUGAAGCACAUGUUGGUAUUAGUGGAUCCGAACCGAAGAUAACGUCUUUUAGUGAGUUCACUGAGCAGGUUCUCCCUCAUGUUAAGGAGGCUGGAUACAACACAAUACAGUUAAUUGGGGUUGUUGAGCACAAAGACUAUUUCACUGUUGGUUACAGAGUAACCAAUAUGUUUGCUGUCAGCAGUCGAUAUGGGACACCUGAAGAUUUCAAGCGUCUAGUUGAUGAGGCACAUGGACUCGGACUGCUCGUUUUCAUGGACAUUGUUCACUCUUACUCAGCUGCAGAUGAGAUGGUUGGAUUAUCACUCUUUGAUGGAUCAAAUGACUGCUAUUUUCAUACCGGUAAGCGAGGACAUCAUAAGUUUUGGGGUACAAGAAUGUUUAAAUAUGAAGACCUUGAUGUUCUUCAUUAUUUGCUUUCCAAUCUAAAUUGGUGGGUAGUGGAGUACCAUGUUGAUGGUUUCAAUUUUCACUCUCUUGCAUCAAUGAUAUAUACGCACAAUGGGUUUGCAUCAUUUACCGGUGAUAUGGAGGAGUUCUAUAACCAGUAUGUUGACAGAGCCGCCUUAUUAUACCUCAUCUUGGCGAAUGAGAUAUUGCAUACUCUUCAUCCUAACAUAAUAACUAUUGCAGAAGAUGCAACACUUUAUCCUGGAUUAUGCGAACCCACUUCCCAAGGUGGGCUGGGGUUUGAUUACUUUGUAAAUAUGCGUGCAUCGGAAAUGUGGUUGUGGUUUCUUGAGAACGUUCAAGAUUCUAAUUGGAGCAUGAGUAAGAUUGUAGAAACGCUUGUAGGGAUCAGUGGAAGCUCUGAUAAAAUGCUUUUAUACACUGAAAACCACAACCAGUCUAUAUCUGGAGGGAGAUCUCUUGCUGAGAUAUUGUACGGUUCAACCUUAGAGCAGUCGUCUGUCAUGAAUGACUCGCUGAUUAGAGGUUCUUCUCUGCAUAAGAUGAUCAGAUUAAUUACUUACACAAUUGGUGGUCGUGCUUAUUUGAACUUCAUGGGAAAUGAGUUUGGGCAUCCGAAGCGGGUGGAAUUUCCCAUGUCAAGUAAUGAUUUCUCGUUUUCACUUGCUAACCGGGAUUGGGAUCUACUCGCUAAAAAGGGGGUUCAUCAAGAUCUGCUUUCCUUUGAUAAGGACAUGAUGAACUUGGAUAAAUUGGAAAGAAUAGUUUCAAGAUGGCUUCCGAAUAUUCAUCAUAUCAACGACCCCAAUAUGGUGAUAUCAUAUUUGCGAGGCCCGUUUCUUUUUAUUUUUAACUUUCAUCCCACGAAUACAUAUGAGAGAUACAAUGUAGGCGUGGAAGAAGCUGGAGAAUAUCAAGUUAUACUGAAUACAGAUGAAAAGAAGUACAGUGGUCAAGGAUCAAUAGUACAGGAUCAGUAUGUUCAAAAAACCAUGAGUAGAAGAGUUGACGGCAUGCGUAACUGCCUAGAAGUACCAUUGCCGAGUAGAAGCGCCCAGGUUUAUAAAUUAACCCGGAUUUUGAGAGUGUGAACUUUCGAGCCGGCAAUAUAUAUAUGGAUUAUCAGUAUUUGGGCUCAUGGGAUCUUUAGUCUUUGUUCAUUGGUUCCUUUUUGUUCAAGCAAACAGGCCUUUCAUGCCAAUGUUCUGACUGUCAAAUGCAAGUUCUCACAAGGUACCAUUAGUGCGCCUAUUUUGUACCAAAACCAGCCUAUCUAUGAACAUGAUGGAACUUGGGAACUUUUCCCACAUCUAGAUUCAUAUGGAUAUGAAAAGUGUUCUAUGUAUAGUUAUUUCGUUAUGUUCAACAAGUCAUGCUUCUGAUAAGUUGUGUUUUUUUUUU